GGAGCUGUUCAGGGACCGGAGGAGUUCGCUGAAGGAUUUGUAAUCGGUGUUCGGAGCCUGUUGGGUCACACUGUGGGUGGGGCCGCAGGUAUGGUCUCCAAGAUCACAGGUUCUGUGGGGAAAGGCCUGGCAGCCAUAACCAUGGAUAAGCAGUACCAGCAGGAGCGGCGGGAGGAGAUGAACCGAGCACCUAAAGACUUCAAGGGCAGUCUGGCUAAAGGAGGGAAAGGACUGCUGAAGGGCGUCGUUGGUGGAGUUACAGGCAUCGUCACCAAACCUGUGGAAGGAGCUAAGAAGGAGGGGGCAGCAGGGUUCUUUAAGGGGAUUGGUAAGGGUCUUGUGGGUGUUGUUGCCCGACCCACGGGUGGUAUUGUGGACAUGGCCAGCAGCACCUUCCAGGGAAUCCAGAGAGCYGCAGAGUCGACGGAGGAAGUGACCAAACUCCGGCCGGUCCGUCUGAUCAAGGAGGACGGGAUCAUCCGCCCGUUUGACCUGACCGAGUCUCAGGGUCUGGACCUGUUCCAGCGCUCAGGAAUCAAACCACUGGAGGGUGAAGUGUUCAGAAGCUUCUGUCCACAUCCUGGUCACAAAAAGACCAACAUCAUCGUCACCAACAGGAGGGUGUUUUGUGUGAAGGAGAUGGAUUUUGUGGGUCACUUUAUCACCGACUGGGAAUGUUUGUACGAGAACUUCAAUGGUCCUCCUGCUGUGGUGGGAUCAGAGCUGAAGAUUUACUGCACGGAACAGCAGAAGUUGAAACUUACAAAACAUCAGGACUCGGUCAGAACCAUCCAACUCAUAGACCCAACGGUUGCACAG